AUGAAAUUUAAAAAGUGUAAUAGAAACAAGACUUCUAUUCAUUCUAAAAAAAGAACCAAUAAGAUUUCAAAAAAAAAGAAGUUGAAGUCCAAUUAAAAGGCUUAAAAUAAAGAUCUUGGAAAACCUCCAAAUUUAAAAAAUAUUAUUUUAGAUAAACCGAAUAUUUGGGCUGCAAAAGAGAAACAAGUUAGAUUAAUUAGAUUCUUAAUAACUUAAGGGAGACAUUUUCUUCUUCAUUUAGCAGGAACAAAGAAAACUAUAAUUAAUGAAUCAAAUUUACAAAAAAAAGAAGAAAAAGAGAACUUAUCAAAUCAUAUUAAUAAAAUGAAACCAUUAUAUGAUUUAUUGGAAUAAAUAUCUUUUACUUAUCUUGGAUUUCCAUAAAGAUAGAAAAAAAAAGAGAGAUUAAUUAUAUUUUUUUUUAGAACUAAUUCUGAAAUAGAUCCCCAAUAUGAUGGUCUAGAGCCUCUUAAUAAUACUUAAUUCCAAAGGGAUUUAGAAGAAAUUAAAUUUUAGCUUGAUAAGGAUUUUUAUAGAGAGUUUCAUAAUCUCUUAAAAUAACUAGAGGGAGAUUAAACAGAUAUUUAGAAUUAAAUAAAACUUAUUACUUAAGAAAUAGUUACUCAAACUAUUGAUUUACAUGAUCUUUCGAAAGCCAACACAAUAGCAAAAAAUUUAUUCAUCUAAUUAAUGAUUGAGAAAGGAAAUGAUAAUUUAUAAUUACUGAAAAAAAUUGUUGAAGAAUUUAAUGAAAAAAAAUUAUAUGAAUUAUUUAAGGAACUUAUUGUUUAGUAUUCCUUUAGAAUUACAGAAUUCAUAACAAAAUUAAUUCAAUUAAUGUAAGGAGACAAUAUUGAUGAUCUAAAUGAAAAUACAUAUCCAUAAGAUAUAAUUAAUGAUGAUUUUUUGAUUCAAUUUAAAUACUAAUACCAAGAAAAUGAUAAUUCUAUUUAUCUAAGUGAUCAAGAAUGA